AUGAAUGGAUCCAACCCAGAAGUUUACAUGGACUGUAAUGCAUUUUCAAUGGAUUUGGUAGUGGGAGGGGCUCCCAUUUUUGCUAUAGUUGUAGCUACAAUUAUUCCCAAAACCAUGUUAAAUCAUGAACACACCAAAAACGCCAAUGAUCAAAGAUUCGUUACGGAUGAGGGAGAUCUAGAGCUAGAGAAGAAAAAUCCUUCUUGGAAAAAUGGCUUCAACGCUUUUGCAUCAGUUGCUCUACUUCUUCUCUCAUUCAAUCUCCUAUUCUUCACAUUGGUCAGCUCUAGCAGUAACACCCACAUAUGCCCUAGAAGUGUUCUGGACCUGAAGGUUUGUGCUAAUGUUCUCAACUGGGUGAACGUAAAGGUCGGAGACUCGAGCCCUUGUUGUAAGCUUAUUGACAACCUGGUUGAUCUUGAUGCUGCUGUUUGUCUCUGCACUGCACUUAAAGCCAGCGUGUUGGGAGCCAAACUAGACAUCCCGGUUUCAUUUAAAUUGCUGCUCAAUGACUGCAACAAGAAGGUUCCAGUUGAUUUCAAGUGCGAAAUAUGA